UGUGUUGACAAAUCAAGGACGACGUACGGAGAUAAAGAGUGAGUUCCAAGACACAUGAAGGUGUCCUGCCGCCGUGGACCGACUCCAGGGGAAGUUAGGUAGUUGUAUAAUAGUUUAGUUUACCAGCUUCGUCUUCAGUCCUCCACAGGCUGUGAGCGUUAGCCACCAGCUAGCCGGCUAACCGUGCUAGCAGGAACAUGUGAGGGGGUGCGACGCUGUCACAGAGGUGAGGGUCACUUGAGUAACUCCUGACACCAUGGCUGGGCGGGUCGGACAAAUGCCAGCAGUUUAACAACCCGUGUAAACGACGAGUUUCUAACCGUACGAUGUAAACUAACCGGGAUUACCUAAACACGUAACGCUGCUUCUGAAGUGUCCUGUUAUCUGUUUACCUUUGAACCUGCCCCUGUUAGCACUUGGCAGUGUUUUGGCAGCGGAUGUAGCCGCCUUAUCCUGACUACUUCAACUUCAUCUUUAGCCCCGAGCCGUGAUUAAACCAUGACAUCAACGUGAGCUCCACCCGGGUAUGAUCAGCGGUCACCGGACGGAGCGCGAUGAAGCCCCCGGUCAGCACCUCCACCGCCACCGGCUUCUUCAACUUCUCCUACGCGGGGGAGGGAGCCAUGGAUCCCUCGGGUCUCUCCGCCGGCACCAUGUCCAUCGAGAAGCUCUUCCCGGCUCUGCUGCAGUGCUUCGGGAUCAUCCUGUGCGGAUACAUCGCGGGGAGGGCGAACAUCAUCACCUCCACCCAGGCGAAAGGUCUCGGCAACUUCGUGUCCAAGUUCGCCCUCCCGGCGCUGCUGUUCAAGAACAUGGUGCUGCUGGACUUCGGGAACGUCAUCUGGUCGUUUCUCUGGAGCAUCCUCAUCGCCAAGGUAUCCGUGUUCCUGCUGGUCUGCGUCCUCACCCUGAUCGUGGCCAGUCCCGAGAGUCGCUACAGUAAAGCUGGGCUUUUCUCAAUAUUCGCCACACAGAGCAAUGACUUUGCUUUGGGAUUUCCUAUAGUUGAAGCCCUGUACCAGAACACCUACCCCGAGUACCUGCAGUACAUCUACCUGGUUGCACCCGUGUCCUUGAUGCUUCUGAAUCCCAUCGGCUUUGCCUUCUGUGAGAUCCAGAAGUGGAAGGAUCAGGGAAACCACCAGCAGAGCAAACUUAAGAUAGUGGGACUUGUGGUUUGGCAGGUCUUAAAGAACCCCAUAGUAUUCAUGGUUGUCAUCGGCAUUGUCGCCCACUUUGUCCUGCACCAGACAAUUCCUGCCUUCAUGGUUAACUUCCUGGAUGGCUUGGCCAAUGCUUUCGGGGGAGCGGCCUUGUUCUACUUGGGUCUGUCCAUGGUGGGCCAGCUGGGAAAACUCACCAGAUCCACAGUCGUUACACUGAUAUUGCUCAUCACCGCAAAACUGCUGCUAAUGCCCCUGAUUUGUAAGGAGAUGGUGGAACUGUUGGACACCAGCAACACCAGCUCGUUGAACCACUCCAGCCUCUCCAAUUAUGCCUUCCUUUAUGGAGUGUUUCCCACCGCGCCCAGUGUGGCUAUCUACGCUGUCUAUUAUAACGCGGAGCUGGAAGUUGUAACCUCCGGGAUGGUGAUCAGCACUUUUCUCUCAGCGCCGAUAAUGUACGCGUCUGCCUGGUUGCUCACGAUGCAAAGGAUGGAUCCUCAGGUUCUGAUGAAUUCCCUGCAGAAUGUCAGCUUUGACAUAAGCAUAGUGAGCUUAGUUUUACUGGUGUGGACUAUUGCCGUCAUGUUUUUAAGUAAGAAAUCGAAAAGGCUACCUCACAUUUUCACAGUCAACCUUUUCGUCGCACAAUUUCUAACUUGUAUCGGGAUGAUACUGUGGAACUUUGUGGUGAAGGAAAACAACUUCAUUGGCCAGGUCCUGACUUUCACAUUAUUAUGUACUUCACUCUACAGUACCUUCGUGUGGCCAGGUUUAAUAGCGCUCUCACUCGUGCUCAUGAGAAGCUCAGAGGAUCUGAAAGUUCCAACAGGUGUUUUGGUUAUCCUAGGCUGGGGGAUUCCAGCCUUAGUAACUGCUGGGUUGCUCAUUUCUGGGGAAGAAAUAUCCUACCCGAUUGACUCAUCAUUCUUUUAUGGCAGACCACAGAUAAUCUGCACCAUAGUGAUAGCAUCCCUUAGCAUACUGUUGGGAGGCAGCUCGCUUGUUUGUCUCAGUCGAGGAAGCUGGGCCCAGAAUGACCAAAUCCUGGAGGGAAACUCUUCGUCCGAUUUUGCAGAGGAUCUUUUGAUGGAAGUUGAACCAGAGAAUCAGACUGCUUUUGAGCCGGUCACCUCGUCAGGAGAUCUCAACAGCAACGCCGCAUGCCUCAUAUGUGACUGUGCAGCGCCCCAGCCGAUGCCUGACAUGAUCAUCAGUACAAAUACGAACAACACACCAGUUACCCUAACAGCUCAGUGUGAGAAUAGUUGCCUGUCCACCGACUGCCUGCUCGUCCAAGUGGAGGAGCUCCAACAGGUCGCAGACAGACAAGUGGCCCGUCAUGUGCUCAUGUGUCUGCUGCUGACUGUCAGCCUGUUUGCUAACUUGUCCAGCUGCCUGUGGUUACUCUUUAACCCUGUUCCUGGUAGACUCUACUUGGAACUGCAGUUCUUCUGUGCUGUGGCCAACUAUGGACAGGGUUUCCUCUCCUUUGCUCUGUUUGGGCUGGACAAGCAUUUGAUCAUAUUACCAUUUAAAAAGAGGAUAUAUAAACUGUGGUAUGGAAGAAAGCGAAAGGAGCCGCUGCUGACAGAUUUACCUGAGGAAGUCAGGAUGACAUGCAACAAGUUCACCAAGUACCACAAGGACCAGUGUUGUCAUGACAUUGUUAAAAAGAGAAGGUGUGGCAAGAGGGCUACCGUUGACUGUUUUCUCGGGUGUGAACUUGUGGAGUGGCUUCAGCAGGUCGGCUUGGCUCAGGACCGUGGCGAGGCGGGGCUCUACGGGACGCAGCUACAGCAGGGUGGCGUGCUCCAGCACAUCAGGCAGGAAUACGACUUCCAAGACAGCCCACUGCACUACCGCUUCAUAACAUAAGACAAAAAGAUUCAGGGUUGACGGUUCCUUUAUCUCAAAUUUCUGAUCAUAGAAGAGAGGUGGAGGAUUGACACUGAUCCUUUAAGAGUGCACACUGGAAAUUCAGCUUGCAGGGCCACUCUGGUCUGCACCCAACAGCACAGUGGAGUGUUGAAACAGACAUCAGAUUGUGAUCUUUGGUGUCACAUGAGUGCAGCGUGCAUGAAACUGAAGGGCCAAGCCACUAUGCAUUACCUGAAGUCGGUUUUAAAAGGAACCACAAAGUAAAGGUUCAGUGCAACGGAAUUAGUUGCAUCUAAACGCGUGACAUAAAACAUGUAAGGGCCACCCUUAAACGAAAGGUUGAACUACCUUGAUCUUACUUCUGCAGUUUAACAUUUAACCCUAAGGUUAAUUUGUGAAAUAUGGAAUUGUAGCACUGUUGUCAAUCAGGGCGGAACACAAACUGUCAGAUGAUCACACUUGCAUAGAAAGCUCCAGUUGAAACUGGGAGGGACAGUAGUGGCAGUUAAAAUCACUUGUGUGGAAAAACUAGAGCUCUAGUUUAGUCCAGGAAGUUGGUCUUUAAAUUCUAACAAAUAUCUGGAACAGAACAGAUGCUCCUCAAAUUCUCCUGACUCUUGAAGUGAUGUCACUUCAGCCUUUAAACUGCAGUAAAGUUUUUUUAGUGAAAUUUUAACGUAACUAACUACAAGACUACUAUACUCAAGGUGUUUGCACUUAACAAGCAUAUUUUCAAGAUAAACAUUUCUAAUCCUUUGGGGGGGGAACAAGACUAGAAUAUUUUUUAUGUAGUAAGUACACUGGAAUUUACAGUUCUCAUAUUUGAUGGCAUUAUUUGAGCAGUAAUCCACAGGGGGGUGCAGGUAAAAACUCCUGAAUCAGUAUUUCCUCUAUGGAUAUACCUCAGAUUUCAUUUUUGCUUUCCUACCAAAGAUACUCGCAAAAGGGAAAGAUGUGGUUUUUAAAUUCUAGUUCAUUUUUAUAGUUUUUUUUUUUUUGUAGUGAGUUUGAUGUGUUUCCCCAGAUAGUCUUUAACUGGUAAUGUAUGAUUGAUGUGUUUCCCCAGAUAUUCUUUAACUGGUAUUGUAUGAUUAAUCACAAAUAAUGUUGCUUUGCUCACCUGCAGCUUAGCAUGAAUCUGCACUGAUAUAAAACAGGGAUUGUGUGUGAGCAGUGCACAGUCACACACAGUUCCAAAAAACAAGCAACCACUUUUAACAACAAAAUACAUAUCCUCUGUAUUUCCAUUGCCUUGUUAUAUCCGUUAAAAGUUUUAAUAACAAGAAGCGCAAACAAUAUUUCAAGAAAUUACUAAGGCCAUUAUCAUUUUUACAUGGACUUUAUGAACCUGGGAAGCUCAAGAAAGUUGCUUUAGUAGGAGCUGCUAUAAUUCAAAGUUUCACUCAGGUAAAUAUAUAUUUUUUUUAAUGCAGUUAGAAACUUGUUUUUAUUUUUUAAGUGUAACGAUUUUAGUUUAUUUCUAACUCAAUCAAACAUGUUGGUCUUAAAUAUAUAAUAAUAUAUUUAAUUUACUGUUCACCACAAAAUGUCUGUCAAAGGCUGUAUGUUUGAGAUUUUGAUUUAUUUAAAAAUAAAGUUUACAACUGAACCCUAAAA